AAGUGGUGUGCGCUGCAGCUUGAGCCGCUGGUCCGUCGCAAGUUCUUUCCUCGCUCCCGGCUGCCUUUUGUGCGCUGCGUGCGGAAGUCGGAGGCGGGCGAGGAAACCGUUGCCGGUGCUGAGGCAGCGAGCGGGCUGGGACUCCCGUACGAACGGAUUUCCGUGCCUCCCACCCGGCGAGGAGGAGGCGGCGGCGCCGACCGGAUGUCUACGAGAGUUCCCAGCCGCCGCCGCAGCAGCAGCGCUUGAAAGAUGUGGCGGAGGCGGCGCCGGUGGCUCUUGCUGUAACGCCGGCUGUGGAGGAACUCGGGAGCGUUCCCGUUGAUCCGCGUGUGGGCCUCAGCGCCGGGGAGGGAACCCCACCCGGCCCCCGGCGGCGUUUGACCUGCCCUCGGCUCCUUUCCAGGCUCUGCUCCCUUCUAGUCCCUCGGUGCUUGGGCGGCGGCGGCUUUGACGACGGUCAGGCAGCCCUGAUCGGCCUAGGAUGGCUUCUUCGUCCGGGAACGACGAUGACCUGACGAUCCCCCGCGCGGCGAUCAAUAAGAUGAUCAAGGAGACGCUGCCCAACGUGCGGGUUGCCAACGACGCCCGGGAGCUGGUGGUGAAUUGCUGCACCGAGUUUAUCCACCUGAUCUCCUCCGAGGCCAACGAGAUCUGCAACAAGUCGGAGAAGAAAACCAUCUCCCCCGAGCACGUCAUCCAAGCACUAGAAAGUUUGGGUUUUGGCUCCUAUAUCAGCGAGGUGAAAGAAGUCUUACAAGAAUGCAAAACAGUAGCACUAAAAAGGAGGAAGGCUAGUUCUCGUUUGGAAAAUCUUGGCAUUCCUGAAGAAGAACUCUUAAGGCAGCAACAAGAGUUAUUUGCAAAAGCUAGACAGCAGCAGGCAGAGCUGGCACAGCAGGAAUGGCUACAGAUGCAGCAAGCCGCUCAACAGGCACAGCUUGCUGCUGCCUCAGCCAGUGCAUCCAACCAGGCAGGAUCUUCUCAAGAUGAAGAUGACGAAGAUGACAUCUGAGUUAUUCCAGGCUGAGUUUGGAUCCCUGCAAAGAAAUAGUUGUCCUGCACAACAAAACCAGUGAAACGAAUGCUUACCUGUAACUUUGUCUGCAUCUUGGACUGGCCGUUGGUAUUUUAGGGAUGUCUGCUGUUGUGUGCUGUACAUGUAAAAAAAACUGUCUCUUUGAACUCUUGAAGACUUAAGGUUCGGUAUCAUAUCAACUUUGGAUUUUUAAUGGUGUUUAUGGAAAUUUUAGAUAGCUUCGUGUCACUUCUUUGAUCAACAAACAGUGUUACAAUAAAAAGUUUAUAAAAUAUAAUUGAAUUUAUACAGAAACUCUAAAGUCAAAUUUAUGUGUCUCUUCCCUUUUAACUAUAGAAUCAUAUUUAGAAAACUUUUAAUUUGUUUUUUUGAACAGAAUAGGUGUUUAAUCUGCUUUAGGGGACAAAAAGCAAAGGGUUCAGUGUAAUAUUGUCUGAAUUAUUUAUCCUUUUAAAUUAGGAGAUACACAAAUACAGCAAUAAAUACUAUGGGCUGAAAUAUCACACGUUAAAAAUCUGAGAAAUGAUACAUUUUUGCCAAACUAGGAACAUGUAUGUUUAAUAGGAGUUGUACAGAUUCAAUCUUUUUUUGUAUAGGGGUGAAAAAAACCCCAAGAUUUUAUUAUGGUAUCGAUUCAAUGUCUUGAGCAAAACAAAUUAUUUCAUUUCAAAUUGUGCCCACUUUGGAGAAUUAGAACAAUUCCUGUUUCGUGGCAGCUUAACAUUGAUUCUACAAGGUAUUACAUGCAUAGUCCAAGCAUAUCAUAGUGUUCAAAUAUAAAGGUAGAACUUGGUGGGAAAGAGUUGUUUUAAUUCUGUUUUGGCUAGGAAUGCUUAAAUAGUAAGACUUCUAAAAGAAACCCUUGAAACUAAUGAGCAUGUUCAAAGUAAGAGGAAUUUUGAUUUAACUCUAAUUCCUUAUUAGUUCUCAGCCCAUUGCUAACAGUUUUCAAACUAGUGUACCCAUAGAUAAGACUCUUGUGUGAAACUGACUGCUUCUUCAUUCAAGUAGGUUGUAGUUUAUAAAUGAUUAAAUUUCAAUUUUUGGGUGACUGGGCUCCUAGACUGACCAACAGGACUUUACUGAAACAAAAUUCUUUUGGGUAUGAUGGCAGAAGCCAUUUUUUAUAGCACUGCUUGGAUAUUUGCUUUGAAAUAAAGAACGUUAUAGUCCACUAUAGAAUUUGAAAAUAUACUUGAAGAAACGUCACAAGUUCUGGUACUGGGGUGGGGUUUUUGAUGUCAAAUAGCUUGCAUAUUAAAUGUAGGCACUACGUCAGGCAACAUUUUGGGACUAUGUAGCUUGUAACUAGCCUUGCCAGUUAUUAAAAAUUGUGCAAGAUUUGAAACGGAGAAAGUCUUGUUUGUGAAUCAAACAGCAAUCUGGAAGUCAAACUAAGGUUUUCUUGAAUUGCAGUUAGUUUAAGGCGGCUCAUAUGAAAUAAUGGGCACUCAGUUCAUACAGUGGUGGCAAAGAGAGUAGUUAUAAACAUUAAGCUGAACCAUCUUUGUGAAUUCAGCAGGAAAGUAUUGGACUAGAUCUGGUUAAGGAUCGAUGGUUGAAGUACCAAAGGUAGAAACACUAGGUUAGCUAAACAAUGUUAAUGUGCAGUGUUGGCUUUUCUAAUUUGUACUGUAAUACCUUUACCCCUCCUGUUUUAAAUAAGUCUUUUUUCCUUUUAAGCAAGCAAGAAAGAUAUAUUUUCACACUUUUUCUGAUGCAGGAUUCAGGUUAAUAUUUUACUGCGUCUGGUAUGUAUCAUAUAAUAUGUUGGAAUCCCUAUGACCUUUUCUUUGAACAUUCUUGUGCUUUUUCAUAUGCUGUAUUCCUCAAGCAAUAAAAUUGAAAUGUGUUUUUAUA